ACGCUACGGGGAGUAGCAGUGCCUGAGCGCGCUCAGUGCGAGUGAGGAGUCGUCCCGCAGCGUGCGACGAUGCUCCCGGGAGCAGCAACAUGAUGGACACCGCCGGCAGCCUAGGCCGGCCGCGCACGGCGGCUGCGGCGGCCGCCGCAGCCGCCGCGGCUGCCGCGCGGCUCGACACUUACGACCAGGAGCUGGGGGUGUCCGAGGCGCCGCACUUUCAGAACGGAUUCGCCAUGCACACCCCCCACCCGCACGUGUCGGCUGCCGCCGCGGGAUAUACGGCCGCCGUGGCCAGGGACUUGCUGUUUCGCGGCGCUACGGACCUGGGGCCGCCGCCUCCGCACCACCACCAUCACCACGCGGCGACCGCCGCCGACGGCAUGUUUAUGCACCAUCAUCACCACCACGCGGCCGCGCAGGACCUCUAUUCGUCGCGACUGCCGCUCACUGCGGCCGACGUGUAUCGCGGCGAAGCGUUCCAGCCGCGGCCCGAGCCCGUGUACGCGACUUCGAUGGGGGGCCAUCCGCACGGAGCCUUCUUCCGCUACAUGCGGCAGCCAGUGAAGCAGGAGCUGACCUGCAUGUGGGUGGAGCAGCCAGCCAUCCACCACCACCACCAUCCGCAUCACCCGCAUCACGCGCAGCUGAGCAGCAACAGCCCGCGCAAGCCGUGCGGCAAGAGCUUCUCGUCCAUGCACGAAAUCGUGACGCACCUGACGGUGGAGCACGUGGGGGGACCCGAGUGCACCAACCACGCCUGCUUCUGGCAGGACUGCGUGCGCAACGGCCGCCCAUUCAAGGCCAAGUACAAGCUGGUCAACCACAUUCGCGUGCACACCGGCGAGAAGCCGUUCCCGUGCCCGUUUCCCGGCUGCGGGAAGGUGUUCGCGCGGUCUGAGAACCUCAAGAUCCACAAGCGAACGCACACAGGUGAAAAGCCGUUCAAGUGCGAGUUCGAAGGCUGCGACCGGCGGUUCGCCAACUCGUCGGACCGCAAGAAGCACUCGCACGUGCACACCUCGGACAAGCCGUACAACUGCAAGAUCCGCGGCUGCGACAAGAGCUACACGCACCCGAGCUCGCUGCGCAAGCACAUGAAGGUGCACGGCAAGUCGCCGCCCCCGUCGCCCUCAUCGUCGUCCGCCUCGGGCUACGAGAGCGACCCGGGGGCGGCCGGCAUCACCGCAGCGAGCCUCGGCACCGUGACAGGCUCUUGCAACGCCGCGAAUCCCGCCGUCGGCGCGCUGGCCGGGACGCCGCUGCAGCCGCUCGGGCUGUCCGCGGCCUCCCACCAGCUGGCAGCGCCGGCAUCGACGGCGCUGAACGAGUGGUACGUGUGCCAGACCGGAGGCAUGCCCACGCCGCCCAGCAACGAGCACUCGCCGCUGGGCGGGCCGCCACAUUCACACCACCUGGCGCCACCGCCGCCACCGUACUGACCCCGGCUGACGGGGGCGACAGGCUUCUGAGGACCCCCGCCACAAAAAGCGUGGACCCCUACUUCGGCAACACCGGCGCGCCGUCGCCAAGAGACGCAGCGGCGAGCGACCGCAGCGUUCACAAACGCGGUUACAUCUGCCGCACAGCCGCCGCACUGCGGCGACACGGAUCCACCGCGUGAAGAGCGCCACCGCCGCGGUUAAAACUUCGUCCUCUCGUGCUACGACGGGCACAAGUAAUGCGAGUGUCCAAGUUGGAAUCACCGCUCACCCGGAAUGAAGAGCGCAAGGCGUCGUUGAAAAGCGGUUCCUUCCUUCGUCAGCGCGUCGUGUCUCUCUGCUCCAUAAAACGAACUCCGCAUGCUCGCGAGCUAUGGAGAGCAAGGCGACGCCUGAUGAAAACAAAGACUGACCAAUGAGCGCGGUCACUGUAUAGAGUGCGACAACGUUGUCCAGCGAGAAAGUGGAAAAUACUCUGCGUACACUGUUGUAACGCUUCCGCUACCGUUCUUGCACCACCGAGGCAGUAGAAUACGUGUCAGUGGCAGUCGCAAGUUACCACACAGUUGCGGCGCACGGUAGCGGUGACGUGACAACAUGGUACAAGGAGGGCUGCGAUUAAUGAAAAUCCGAUAUUGCGGUGAUGUGCAGCAUGUGCGCAGUGUCACUGUUGCGCGUUCUAGAAACACGCACUGGCACCGCGCACUUGCCACGCGCCGUGAGUGGAUCGGAUUUCCGUUGUGCUGCUAUUUUUUUCAAUGACUCGUUGGACAACGAACGCGAGAUCGCGUCUGCCUAUUCGCCUCUCUUUUUUUUUUUUUUCUCGGUGCACGCCACAGCACAUCCACGCGGCUUGUCACUUCUUCAGCUGCGCCAAAAAAUACAUGCAAAUUCGUACUGCGUCACGUAACAACGAUGUACUGUAUACGUGGCCUUUUCGUCCUCACAGCUUUCAGUUCGGCGUUAUUUGAUGCGUGAGGUUCGUGGUCUACAAAAGAAUUGCUGAACGCCUGCCACCUUCUUCAGAUUUAUAAGCUUGAGGACGGGGGUUCGAUUCCCGGCCAGAGCGGCCGCAUUCUGUGCGGGGUGCAAAAAUACCCGUAUACUUUGAUUAAGUUACUCGUUCAAGAACCAAUACUAAUAAUACCCCUUACUACGGAAUGCCUCGUAAUCAUGUCCUGGUUUUGGCACGUGAAACUGCUGGAUUUUAAGUAUAUUUUCUUUGCCUCUAGUAAUGUGCAGGAAGCAGGUCAUAAGGAUUAGAAGAUGUUAUGACUGCAAUAGUGGCGCUUUCAUAAUCUCAUUAUGCGCACGGGCCCGCUUAAUUUAGUGGUUAACAGGUGCUUACAUCGAGAAAACACGCAAGAACAAUCCGGACUGCUCCAGUGGGGGGUUUUUUUAGCAUUAUCUUUGUCAGAUCAUCAGAAAUCAUCGAAAGAAAAAGAUGCGAAUUUUUUGGCGCAGCAGUAAAAGCGUCACACAUUUGCUAACACCAAGCGUGACAAGUAAAACGCUGGAUGCUUGAGAAUGAGACUUUCACCGCUCGUGAUUUUGUUUAGAAUCUCUUGCGUCCAAAAUAAGUGUACAGAUAUGCGUGUUUCCGUAUGCGUGCGUAUGUGUAUGUGUGUUUUCUGUUGUUUACCAUGCCUUGCCCGACAGAUAUUGCUAAGUGUACGAAUGAAAACAGAAAAAGAAAAUCUUCUGUUCUUUUUUUUUUUUUUUGUGAUAGAGAUGGUUUUGUCCUACAUGUAUAACCAUGCCGCUUCUGCCAUUUACGUUGAGCCGAACCGGCGACCUCAGGACGAUCACACGUGUACGUCUGCUCCCGUGCGCAAAGAAAUGUGUGAACAUAAAAACACGAGCUUAAACGAGAUACAUUUGGCACCACCACGGAAGUUUGAAACAAUAACACGACCUUUAGCAGGCCAGACAGAAACAAAAAGAGGAAGUCUACGUAUGCAAAUGCGUCGCUGGUCUCACAUAGGUGAAAUGGCGUCUGUUUAGUAACUCACAGAGGCAAGAUGGUCUUCAUUUUGGCAUUCAAAUCGGAAUCAUUACAGCGUGAAAAAAAAAAAAGAACAGACAAAAGAAAACAAGAAAUCCAUGACUCAUCAGAAGAAAACCGCUUCAGCAGACGCCUGUAAUUUGUCUCGCACAAGAUUUACAAGCAAAAAACAAAGAAAGUGAAAACUGGCGAGGUAAAGACAUAGAACUGAGUGCAGGCUUUAACCGUGAAACAGGUUAGCUUGAUAGGACCGCUUGAUCUUCUACUUAUGAGAUGGGCGACUUGCCGAUAUUUUGCAACUUGGGAACAAAAGAAAUGGAAUGUUUGCACGUAUUGUUAAUAAACACGUGCGAGAAUAAUAUUGGCUAGACGAGAGACUUAGUAUUCACAACUUCUAUCUGUCUUGCCAAAUGCCUCUUGCGUUUCGAAUUCAUCCCUGAAGCGAUCCGGUAUUUCCUUUUUCUUAAUUCCGUGACGAAAAACAGGAAGACAAGUAGCUGUGUCAUUUCAUUUCUCAUUCGGCCAGAAUUAAUAAUUAAAUUAACCCCUAAUUGAUGACCAAGUCUGACGAUAAGUAGAAGCAAACAGAUACCAAAUGUUUCUAAGAUUAAAUCAAAACGCAGAAUGAGGCGAGCUGGUUAAAUCCUGUAGCAGUUUAUCGGCACAGUCAUUUAUCAUUCAUCGUCGCUGUCGGUUCACGUGGCAAGCAUUUUCCUUAUCUCGCAGAUUGGGCGUAGGCAAGUUGACGCGUAAGGCAGAGAGAGAGAGAGAGUAACGAAGAGGAAAGGCAGGGAGGUUAACCAAGUUUUGGCUCGGUUGGCAGACAUUGUUAAACGGACACUGGCGGUGAAAAAUAGAUCGGGUUAAACAUGGACUUGUCUGAAUCUACCCUCACAAAAUUUUUUUCUUGAAAUUCUAUGGGCUCUCUGCAAACAGCGUAUGGAUCUGGCCUUGUCCUUUCAACCAACUUUCAACAAUUAAAAUGUACUACAUAAAUUGGUAAGCUGCAAAUGAAAUUAACGUCAUAUGUAGAAGCGAAGAAGCUUGUAAGAUGCCCGUAGAAGACAGUAUCCAUACCUCAAGGGCUCACCGAGUUUCUUGUUCGCAGGAAAAACAACAUUAGUGUCAAAAUUUACAAAUAAAAGCCAGAUUUUCCGUCUGUAACUUUUCUUCACAUUCAUAUACCACCGUAGCGCCAAGGUAUUUCCGCGAUAAAACAGAUUUCGCGGGAUUUCACCGAACGGUAUCCCUUCUAAACUUUCAGUGGAAAAUGCCUAUUAUAAAUGCCAGGGCGACUCGCUUUUUUUCUUCUUUGUUUUCUUUUCUUUUCUUAGUAGUGACGCUAUGUUUUUCAACACUCAUCAGUCAUUCGGCCUCAGUAUGACGCUGCCACAAACUGUGACGUUACACGAAGAUGAUCCGGGAAUUAUAACCGGACGUCGCCACAGGCGUUUCGCUUUCACGGCGUUUCCUUGCGUGCCUAUAUAGAAUGUAUUGCCUCAGUGACAGAUAAAUAUUCAGUGUGUCAGUAUUGCAGUCUGCCAGGCUAACUGCUCCAUAUUUUUCGCCUUUAGUGUCCUUGUAUAAGCGACAUUCACUACCUCAGACGUUGCGAAGCGAAGGUCGCGGGUGCGACAGCACUAGCGCGACUUCGUGGCGCAGCGAAUAAGUAUUGACACUUCCCUGUAUACCGCAAUUGUGGUGGCGACAUCGAGAGCAUGGUCGCUUUCGAAGCUCGUGACGUCAUUUCGUGGUGGGCGGUGUACUCCUUACACGUGUUGCUUCGAUUUACGGCAGCGAACGUGGCGCCACGAAUUAAAUGUGAGAGUCGAUGACCCGAGUGUUCUAUUUUGACGGUGGAUGUGUACUUAACAGUGACGCACGUAUACAAUAUUACCGGAGUGAAAAAAAAAAAAGUUAUUUCCUCGGCGCGCUCCUUAAGUCAGGGCACGUGAUAUAAUUAAAGUCAGUCAUCUUUUGAUUAUGUGUAAUUACGUGACGAACGAAAAACAAACAAACAAAACAAUACCGUGUUCCAAAACGCUCGAAAAAACAAAGAACUGCCACUAGUCUUCCAAGAGCCAACGUCGAUCUUAUUAUUAUAGCGCCACCUAUUACAACUGCGCUUCUUUGUUAUAGCUUGCCAAAAUUUAUCCUGCGACAAGUUGCAGAAUUGUCGAUGUCGCUCGAGUCUUCCUCUUGCUUAUUUACUUCUGUUUUAAAGUAACAAGAACAUAGUCUCAAAAUCGCGAAUGUUUCAACUACAGAUAGGCUUCUACACUAUAAAUCCACGCUUAAAGAGAAUUGUGACACUUGUGCUACUUAAUAAUGUCAAUUCAUAGUGGUUAGUCAAGGAAAUCAUUCUACUCUCUCUUCUGGCUGUCUACUUCUAGUGUUCAAAAAAAGAAAAAAAAAUCACGCUGAACGAAAGUAUACACUGUACUGUUCAGUGCGUUUACGAGCAACGAAAACUGUUUUCAUGUUUCAAAGAUGAAAAAAAAAACAGUUCCAAAGGAGACGAAGCACAAGCGAAGAAACACGCAGGACGAGUGCUGUCCUCGAUUUGGAAUCGAGGUGACAAAAUCGAGAGCGUUUCUUCGCUUGUUGUUCGUCUCCUUUGGCGCUGUUUUCCCCUUUUUAAAGAAUGUGUAACCAAGUAGCCAGUUGAACCACACUUCUGUUUUCAUGCGCGCAAACUGAACAGCGAAAAAAUUUAAGAAAACAUAAAUGCGAAACAAGAGCCUAAAGCGUUUGGUCUUAGGCCUUCGAAAAAGAGAAUGGAAUAUAAAGAAGAAAAGAAAAGAAAGAAGACGGGCACGUUUAUUAUCUGCUUAUCGACAGAAAACCCAGUCAAAAAAAAAAUUCUGUCAUCUACGAGACUGGUCGCUAAAGAAACACGCGUUUUCUUUUUGUUUUUUUUGUUUUUUUUUGUUUUUUCAUGCCUGUGUAUUAUAGUCAAAGGCUGGCAAGCGACGGAGCACUUCACCUCGUAUGCGCGUACAGUCCUUGCCAAAAGUAUCUGUCACAGCGCUUACGACGGGAGGCAUCUCGAAGUAAUAUUUAUGCUCGGUGUGUCACAUUAUACGAGCUAAGUCAUUUUUCAGUAUCUUCGUGGCUUUACAAUAGGUAAUUCUGUAUGAUGUAGCUCAGUGGCCAUGGCACUAUGCCGCUGAGACGAGGUCGCAGGUUCGAUUGCCCGCCGCGCAGGCCGGUUGUUGAUGCUGGCAGAGGGCAUAACAUGCCACUACGGAUUUCAGUUUAUUCCAGGAAGCCUAUAGACGUACAAAAUUUCAGUAAGUCUUUAGAUGUACAAAUUUUUGGAAAGCGCCAGGCGAAUAAUUUGUUAUGUACACCCUGCUACAUACGUUUACGGCACAUGGGCUCCACGUCAAAUGUGAAUUUCUGUCCUCCUAAAUGCAUCACGCUCCUAAUGUAAUGGAAAACUGUGUAGGUCGCAAAAGCACUGCUCGGCUGCUUACCUAAAGGACGCGGGUUCGAUCCCGGCAGCGGCAGUCGCAUUUCGAUUGAGGCAAAAUGCUAUAAACCCGUGUACUUAGAUUGAGGUGCACGUCAAAGAACCCCAGGUGAUCGAAAUUUCCAAAGCCCUCCGCAAUGGCGUGCCUCAUAAUCAUAUCUUGGUAUUGGCGUGCACAAACGCCAGCAAUUGUUAUUAAUGCUGAAAGAGGUAUACUACUGGACGAAACUUUUAAUCACAGGUUGUUCCCAAGCUAAGCGGGAAUUCAUGUUUUCGAAAAUCCAAAGUAACCGUAAUACUUCGUUGCUAGGUGUACUUACAACUUUCA